AUGGACGCCGUCGGGAUCUGGAGCCGCGAUAUUGGGCCGCCGGAACCCUGGCAUUCCGUCACCGCUGUUUGCUUCGCGGUCUGUCUCUGCGGCGCUAGGUUCCUCCUCGACAAAUUCAUCUUUCGGGGUUUGACUGUUUGGUUGUUAGGCAAGAGAGCAGCUUCAGUGAAGAUAGAUGAGGUUACGCAGGCGACAAUUGUUAAAUGCACCGAGUCAAUGUGGAAGUUGACAUACUAUGCCACUCUUGAAGUGUAUGUUCUGAAGAUUCUGUUUGAGGAGCCAUGGUUCUGGGAUUCACAGCUGUACUUCAGAGGCUUGCCAAAUCAAGAAUUGAAGCUUUCCAUUAUGCUAUAUUACAUGUGCCAGUGUGGAUUCUACCUCUAUAGUAUUCCUGCUCUCAUUCUGUGGGAAACUAGAAGGAAGGAUUUCUCUGUCAUGAUGUCUCAUCAUGUUGUUACAGUAGCAUUGAUUGGAAUCUCGUAUGUUACAAGCUUUUUCCGGAUAGGUACUAUCAUCCUGGCCCUCCAUGAUGCUAGUGAUGUAUUCUUAGAAGCUGCUAAAAUCUUUAACAAGACCAGGAAGGAGCUUGGAGCAAGCAUUUGCUUUGGUUUAUUUGCUGCCUCAUGGCUCAUCCUGCGAUUGAUAUUCUUCCCAUUUUGGGUUAUCAGUAGUACAAGCCGCGAUCUUGUGGAGUACUUGGAUUUAAGACGGUGGUACCCAAGGUCAUUGUACUAUGGGUUCAACACGUUACUGAUUACGUUACUUAUAUUCCACGUCUACUGGUGGAUUCUGAUAUGGGCUAUGAUAAAAAAGCAACUAUUGAAUAGUGGAAAGGUUGAAGGCGAUAUAAGAUCUGACUCGGAAGAAGAGGACUGA